GGCGGUGAGGCACGGGGGAGUUGUCCUCGCGCCGGAGCCCGGUGGAUGCUGCUGAAACAAGAUGGCUGUGCGCGCAGGAGGAGCAGCGGCGGAGAGCUGAGGCAAUGCAGAGGAGGAAGCAGAGGGGGGGCGAGGAAUCCACUCUCGUGUCCUACCCCGUCUUUAAAAGAGCAACAGUCCCGCAGAAGGACAGACGAGCCUCUCUGAGAUGGUGCCAAUUUAUUACCGCUGUUACCAUUCAGGGUAAAGGUUUCUGUCGGGUUUGAGUUUUUUCCUGUGGCCAAGACUCUUAAAAAAAAGGACUGACCAAACAAACCUCGGAGCACUAAGUAGAGGACAGCCGGGGACGCUUUCAGAGAUGUCCCUGCUGUGUGUGGGAGUGAAGAAAGCCAAGCUGGAUGGAGCCCAAGAAAAGUUCAACACUUAUGUGACUCUCAAGGUGCAAAAUGUGAAGAGCACAACCAUCGCUGUCAGGGGCAACCUGCCCUGCUGGGAGCAGGACUUCAUGUUUGAAAUCAACCGCCUGGACCUCGGCCUGACCGUGGAGGUGUGGAACAAGGGGUUAAUCUGGGACACCAUGGUCGGCACCGUGUGGAUUCCCCUCCACAGCAUCCGGCAGUCAAAUGAGGAAGGUCCGGGGGAGUGGCUGACGCUGGACUCUCAAGUCAUCAUGGCGGACAGCGAGAUCUGUGGAACCAAAGACCCCACUCUGCACCUGGUGCUGCUUGAUACACGCUUUGAACUGCCACUAGAUAUCCCUGAGGACGAGGCACGCUACUGGGCCAAAAAACUGGAGCAGCUCAAUGCCAUGAGGGACCAAGAUUACUCCUACCAGGAGGAGCAGGAACGCCCUCUCCGCGUACCGGGAACCCAGUGCUGUAACUGGAGUCUGUGGGGAGAUCAGCAAAAUGAAGAUCAAGACAGCGCUGUUGAUGACAGGGACAGCGACUAUCGCAGUGAAACCAGUAACAGCAUUCCGCCUCCCUACUACAGCACGUCCCAACCCAAUGCCUCCGUCCACCAGUAUCCCAUCAGCCACCAGCACCGCAGCUCCAGAAGCCUCUCGUAUCCACGCUCCGGGACCAACCAAGAUCUCGACUACCAACAUCAAAGGACUAUCAGUCCCACUGGCAGCUAUGCAUCUUCUGCCGAGCUCAGUCGAUGCAGCAGUCAGCUGAGUGAGGAAGACUACGGAGGCGAGUACGGAGAGAGGGACCCGUACGACGAGAAUGACUCAUACCACUCCUGCCACUCCUCUGUCAGCUACAGUAAAGGCUCUCCAGACUGGGACCCUGAUGAGACCCAGGGGGCCUACAGCGACGAGGGCGGCUACAGCAAAGAUGGAGGAGAAGAGGUUGCACUGUACGAGGGGGAUGACGGAGAGCUGUAUGAGGGAGAGGAGGAAGGCCUAUACGAGGACGAGGAGAUCAUGUACGACGACGAGGACUUGUACAAUCUAGAUGGGACCCUCAGUGAGGACCUUGAGCCGCCGUUCACUCCCACUCCGACGUCCACCGCGCCGCCGACGCUUGACAUACCCAGCUCCAGGCCUCCUCUGGAGAAACAGUCCUCCAUACACCAACAACCUCCGGGUAAAACCCCCAACCAAGCAUCCGGUCAGCCUCAACCUCCUGCAGCGCAGCCCCCCGCGGGUCACCAAGCAGCCCAGCCCCCCAAACAACCGCAGCCCCAAACACAACCUCAACCUCAAGCGGCGCCGUCUGCCACAUCCUUCUUCUCAAUGGCCAAACCUCUGACGGCUGCAGUUACGGGCCUGGCGUCUUCGUUCCUGUCGUCGGUCCCCGCUGCCCAGCCGGCCCAGCCUCACCCACCGGCCUCAGCCGUUCCCCAGCAGCACCAGCCCGCUGCCGUAAGCUCUGUCCCUCCUUCACACCCGGCCACCUCGGCUAAUUCGGCGUCCCAGCCGCCCUCCACUGCCACGGGCCCCCCGUCCCAGCAGCCCCCACCCACCGCGUCGCCCCAAUCACACGCCGACGAUCCCUCCGCCGCACAGCCAGCCGGUCUGGAGGACAAGGCGCCUCAAAUUGAAGAAGAAGAGUGGAUAGAAAAUGAGAUGAUGGAGGAGAUGGAGGUCAGCACGCCCCCUGCUAAAGACGAGGAGAAGCUUCCUGCGGAGACGAAAGAGGAGCACUAUGAAGACAGCAGACCACUGGCAGCUGAGGAGCACAACGAGGUCCCCCCUGAGAGUCCUCCAGCACCAGAGGAGCCAAAAGAGCCGGUCGAUCCAGCCGUCAGAGCCAAAGAAAACUGGCUAAGGCUCUACAACAAGGUCUUAGACCAGCUACGAGAAGCACGAGGAGAGACCUCCAGCUCGUUGUGGUUUGGUAAAGGAGGAAUGGGAGGUGCACUCUACAGUAUUGACAGCAUGCCUGACCUUCGCAAGAGAAAAGCAAUUCCUCUCGUCAGAGAUCUGGCUAUGUCUCUGGUGCAGAACUCACGUAAAGCCGGGAUCACCUCCGCCAUGGCUUCAACCACUCUUGGCAACGAAGAGCUGAAGAGCCAUGUGUAUAAAAAGACCCUGCAGGCCCUGAUUUACCCCAUCUCCUCCACCACUCCACAUAACUUUGAAGUGUGGACUGCCACCACCCCCACUUACUGCUACGAGUGCGAGGGACUGCUGUGGGGCAUCGCGCGGCAGGGCAUGCGCUGCUCCGAGUGUGGCGUUAAAUGCCACGAAAAGUGCCAGGACCUGCUUAACGCCGACUGCCUGCAGAGAGCCGCAGAAAAGAGCUCCAAGCACGGCGCGGAGGACCGGACGCAGAACAUCAUCAUGGUCCUAAAGGACCGCAUGAAGAUCAGAGAGAGGAAUAAGCCAGAGAUCUUCGAGCUAAUCCAGGAAGUGUUCGGAUUAGACAAGACCACACACAGCACGCACAUGAAACAGAUCAAGCAGAGCGUGCUGGACGGCACCUCCAAGUGGUCGGCGAAGAUUAGCAUCACAGUGGUUUGUGCCCAGGGUCUUCAGGCUAAAGACAAAACAGGCUCCAGUGACCCGUACGUAACUGUCCAAGUUGGAAAGACAAAGAAAAGGACCAAAACCAUUUAUGGUAACCUGAACCCAGUCUGGGAAGAGAGCUUUCACUUUGAGUGCCACAACUCUUCUGACCGCAUCAAGGUCCGCGUCUGGGACGAGGAUGACGACAUCAAGUCCCGUGUGAAGCAGAGGUUCAAACGCGAGAGCGACGACUUCCUGGGUCAGACCAUCAUCGAAGUGCGCACUCUGAGUGGGGAGAUGGAUGUCUGGUACAACCUGGACAAGAGGACAGAUAAGUCUGCCGUGUCGGGGGCCAUCCGGAUGCACAUAAGUGUGGAGAUCAAAGGCGAAGAGACUGUAGCCCCUUACCAUGUCCAGUACACCUGUCUACAUGAGCACCUGUUCCAGUACACCACUGAGGACCAAAACGGAGGUGUAGUAAAGAUCCCUGACGCCAAAGGUGACGAUGCCUGGAAGGUGUACUUUGAUGAAACGGCACAGGAGAUCGUGGAUGAGUUCGCCAUGAGAUAUGGAGUCGAGUCCAUCUACCAGGCCAUGACCCAUUUUGCCUGCUUGUCAUCUAAGUACAUGUGCCCAGGAGUGCCAGCUGUGAUGAGCACCCUGCUCGCCAACAUCAACGCAUACUACGCCCACACCACCCAGUCCUCCAACAAUGUUUCUGCCUCAGACAGAUUCGCCGCAUCGAACUUUGGAAAAGAGAGGUUUGUCAAACUGCUGGAUCAGCUGCACAACUCCCUGAGGAUCGACCUGUCCAUGUAUCGGAAUAAUUUCCCCGCCAGCAGUCCUGAAAGACUUCAAGACCUCAAGUCUACGGUUGACCUGCUGACGAGCAUCACGUUUUUCAGGAUGAAGGUCCAGGAGCUGCAGAGUCCACCCAGGGCGAGUCAGGUGGUGAAGGACUGCGUAAAAGCCUGUCUCAACUCCACCUACGAGUACAUCUUCAACAACUGCCAUGAUCUGUACAACAGGGAAUAUCAGUCGGACCCGGCGAAAGCCGUCCCCCCAGAUGAGCAGGGUCCCAGCAUCAAGAAUCUGGACUUCUGGUCAAAGCUCAUCACACUGAUUGUGUCCAUAAUAGAGGAAGAUAAAAACUCAUACACUCCUUGCCUUAAUCAGUUUCCACAAGAACUCAACGUGGGCAAAAUUAGCGCUGAAGUCAUGUGGAACAUGUUUGCACAAGAUAUGAAAUACGCCAUGGAAGAGCAUGAGAAGCACCGCCUGUGUAAAAGUGCAGACUACAUGAAUUUGCACUUCAAGGUAAAGUGGCUGUAUAACGAAUACUGCAAGGAGCUGCCCACUUUCCAGAAGCACGUACCCGAAUAUCCAGCCUGGUUCGAGCCAUUCGUCGUCAUGUGGUUGGACGAAAACGAGGAAGUUUCCAGAGAUUUCCUCCAUGGAGCGCUGGAGAGGGACAAGAAAGAUGGGUUCCAGGUCACGUCGGAGCACGCUUUGUUCUCCUGCUCCGUGGUGGACGUGUUCUCUCAGCUCAAUCAGAGCUUUGAAAUCAUUCGCAAGCUGGAGUGUCCCGACCCUCAGAUUGUUGGCAACUACAUGAAGAGAUUUGCCAAGACUAUUGGCAAUGUCCUGCUUUCCUAUGCUGAUAUAAUAGCAAAGGACUUUCCAAAUCACGUCAAAAAAGAGAAAGUGCCAUGUAUCAUCAUCAAUAACAUCCAGCAGCUCCGGGUUCAGCUGGAGAAGAUGUUUGAGGCCAUGGGAGGAAAAGAUCUCAACGUGGAGGCAAGUGAUUUCCUGAAGGAGCUCCAGAACAAACUGAACAGCGUCAUGGACGACCUCAGCCACAUCUUCGCUGUCAGCUUCCAACCCCAGAUUGAGGAUAACGUGAGGCAGAUGGGGGACAUCCUAGCCCAGGUCAAAGGUCAGACAGUCCCAGCAAAUGGCAGCGUGGUUCAGGAGGCUGACAACGUCCUGCAACCGAUCAUGGAUUUCCUGGACAGCAACUUGUCGCUGUUUGCAAAGAUCUGUGAGAAGACCGUCCUGAAGAGAGUGCUGAAGGAACUGUGGAAACUGGUGAUGAACACAAUGGAAAAAACGAUUGUGCUUCCAACGCUUACGGACCAGACGGGAACCCAGAUGAUCUUCAAUGCUGCUAAGGACUUGGGACAGCUCUCCAAGCUCAAGGAGCACAUGGGCCGAGAGGAGGCCAAAGCCCUGACUCCCAAACAGUGUGCAGUCAUAGAGCUGGCACUUGAUACUAUUAAGCAAUAUUUCCAUGCGGGCGGCGUCGGCCUGAAGAAGACGUUCUUAGAGAAGAGUCCCGAUUUGCAGUCUCUGCGCUACGCCCUGUCCUUGUACACGCAGGCCACUGACAAGCUCAUCAGGAAGUUCAUCCUCUCCCAGCAUGCCCAGGUCCAUGGGGGGAAAGGAAUCAGGUAUACUGCAAAUGAAGACACCCCACCAGAGAAAGCAUCGGGAGUGGACGCGGUUGGUGAGGUGGUCAUGAACGUGGACAUCCUGCCCCAGCCGAACGGAGAGCACAAGAUCAGUAUUAAAGUGGUGGCUGCUAAUGACCUGAAAUGGAAAGCACAAGGCUUCAGGCCUUUUGUGGAAGUCUACAUCAUUGGGCCUCACCUCAGUGACAAAAAGAGGAAAUUUGCCACCAAGUCCAAGAACAACAGCUGGUCGCCAAAGUUCAACGAGAGCUUUCAGUACUCGCUUGGUACCGAAGUGGGUCCGGAGAGCUACGAGCUGCAGGUGUGCGUGAAGGACUACUGCUUCGCCAGGGAGGACCGCACCGUGGGGAUGGCCGUGCUGCAGGUGAAGGACAUGGCGAACAAGGGCAGCGUCACCUGCUGGCUGCCGCUGGGACGGCGGGUCCACAUGGACGAGACGGGCCUGACGGUGCUGCGCAUCCUCUCCCAGCGCAACAACGACGACGUGGCCAAAGAGUUCGUCAAGCUCAAGUCCGACCAGCGCUCGGCAGAGGAGGGCCGCAGCUGAUGGGGAGGAGGGCGAACGGAGAACACGUGUGCACA